AGAGUUAGAGAGUGGGUACUGUCGGUACCGUCUGUACACUGUAUGUGCAUCAAGUGUGUAUUUUUGUGUGACUGCGUAUAUGAAUCUAGUAUUCUUUAUUUACUGUGCAAAAUGAAGCAAAAAGUCUAUGAAUUGUUGGAAAAGUGGAUGAUCGUUUACCUUUUUCGUUAAUGCUGAAUAUCUAAGGGUAUCUACUUGAUGGCAUGUUAUUUAAUCAAGAUGGAUGGGCAUUAAAAGUUUUUAUCUAUCAUAGCCGUUAAUGAAUACAAACAGUCGAAAUGUCUGAGGCUGCACAUGUAAGUUCUCUGCCACUGCCACCUCUUCAAUAUGUUAAUUUAUAUACCGAUGAAAACAUACAGAAAGGCCGUGCACCUUCUCCUCCAAAAGUCCUUACAGAUUCUUAUACUAUGUUUGGAUCUCAAUACCAUGCAGAUGAUCCAAUAAUACGUCCUUUGGAGAGUCAAGGAAUUCGUCGCCUUUAUCCCCAAAAUUAUGAUCACAAAAGAGAACUCAAAAAAUUAAACCAUUCAAUUUUAGUGAAUUUUUUAGACAUGCUUGACAUUUUGAUACGCUGUCCUGACACUAAUAAACGAGAGGAAAAGAAAGAGGAUAUAAAUUUACUUUUCAUUCAUACUCAUCACUUAAUUAAUGAAUUCAGACCUCAUCAAGCUAGAGAAACUUUAAGGGUAAUGUUAGAAGUCCAAAAACGACAACGAAUCGAAACUACUGAAAGAUUUCAGAAACAAUUAGAAAAAGUGAUGGAAGUUUUACAGACAACUUUAGCCAGUCUCCCGGAUACAGCAGAUAUGGAUUGUAAGCUGCUGGUUCCUACUGAAUCAAUUGAAAUGGCAGAAAAAGAAAAACAAGCUGAUGACAAAGAAGAACAUUGCUAUGGCCUCGAUCGAAUAAUGUGUGAUAUUGUUGAUGCAAUGUAAAUUGCUAAGACAUUUGUUAUAUCGUAUUCGUAACCAUUUGGAUUGCUAUAUUAUCUGUUAUAAAAUACUUCAUACAAAACAUUUUUUUUCCCUCUUUUGUAUUAAUGGUGCCUUAUUACACUAGCUAUAAAAAAAAUAAAACCUCCACUUUUGCUUGGGACGAAUGUAAACUGUUUUAUCUUCUCAGUUUACAAGAAAAAUGUUAAACUUUUAAUAGGUGUAGAAAAAAAUAAAA